AUGAGAUAUCUGGGCCUCAUAUUGGGCGGCUGGUGCUUCAAAGAGCAUUUCAACAGGCUGGUCCCCCGACUUAGGGUAAUAUCUGCCAGAUUGCGCAGACUUAUGCCCAAUGUCGGAGGACCAGACGGGAAGGCUCGUCGCCUCCACGCAGGAGUUUUGAAUUCGGUGGCGCUCUAUGGAGCGCUAGUAUGGGCGGAAACCCUGGCCGCUAGUCGCCCUAUGCGAGCGCAAAUGCGCAAAGUGCAGAGGGUGCUGGCGGCCAGGGUGGCAAGAUGCUACCGUACCGUAUCCUGCGUGGCGGCGACGUUCCUGGCGAGCAUGCCCCCCAUGGAGCUCAUGGCCUUGUCGUACAGGUAUACGUACGACAGGAAGCGUGAGCUCCUAAGAACGGGGGGUAUAGGAGAACCGCUCGCCAGGGCCAUACAAAAUAUGAAGCACCAGGCUCGAUAG